GAGCGGCUCGGCGGAUGGAGAGUCUGGCCGCGGCCGGCGGCGCCGCCUCCUCGUCGGGCCGGGCACGGCGGGCCGGGGCCUUUGUGUGAGCCGGCGGCGGCGAUGGUGCUCGGGCCCCGCGGAGCCGGAUUAACCGUGCUGCUAAGGAGACAACUUCGUAGGAGCUGCUAAGAUGGGCAUGAGAAUCAAACUUCAAAGCACCAACCACCCCAACAACCUGCUGAAGGAACUCAACAAGUGUCGGCUCUCAGAGACCAUGUGUGAUGUCACCAUUGUGGUGGGGAGCCGUUCCUUCCCAGCCCACAAGGCUGUGCUGGCCUGUGCAGCUGGCUACUUCCAGAACCUCUUUCUGAAUACUGGGCUUGAUGCUGCCAGGACCUAUGUGGUGGAUUUCAUCACCCCUGCCAACUUUGAGAAGAUUCUGAGCUUUGUCUACACAUCAGAGCUUUUCACAGACCUGAUCAAUGUUGGAGUCAUCUAUGAGGUGGCUGAGCGUCUGGGUAUGGAGGACCUUCUCCAGGCCUGCCACUCUACCUUUCCUGACUUGGAAAGCACUACUGUGGCCAAACCUCUGACCAGCACCAGUGAGAGCCAGUCUGGUACUCUGAGUUGUCCCUCAGCAGAUCCUGCCCAUCCCCUUGGAGAACUCCGGAGUGGUGGGGAACAUUUUGGUCCUGAUAGAAACUAUGUGUUGCCAGCUGAUGCUGGAGGAAGCUAUAAGGAGGAAGAGAGAAAUGUUGCCAGUGACGCUAAUCACAGCCUGCCUCUGCCACAGCCACCUUUGCCACCAAAGACAGAAGACCAUGAUGCUCCUGCUCCUUUCAUGUCUCUUACUAGUAUGGCAGCCCAGCCAGUCCUAGGCACCGUCAGCACGGGUGUCCGGACAAGCAUGAGCUCUUGCCAGCCAUACAAAGUUCAAAGCAAUGGAGAUUUCAGUAAAAACAGCUUCUUCACUGCUGACAAUGCAAUUGACAUCACCACUGGGACCAAUUCCUGUCUGAGCAAUAGUGACCACUCCAGAGAUGCAGGGUUUGGGCAGAUGGAUGAGCUCCAGCUGGAGGACCUGGGGGAUGAUGACUUGCAGUUUGAGGAUGCCACUGAGGAGAUUGGGACAGUGGAGGAGGUGAUUGAGCUGAGUGAUGACAGUGAGGAUGAACUGACCUUUGGAGAGAAUGACAACCGGGAGAAUAAGGCUAUGCUUUGCCAGGUGUGCAAGAAAGUUCUAGAGCCCAACAUUCAACUGAUCCGACAGCAUGCUAGGGACCAUGUAGACCUGCUGACAGGCAACUGCAAGGUCUGUGAGACCCACUUCCAGGAUCGAAACUCUCGGGUGACCCAUGUCCUCUCCCACAUUGGCAUUUUUCUCUUUUCCUGUGACAUGUGUGAAACAAAGUUCUUUACCCAAUGGCAGCUAACCCUUCACCGACGAGAUGGAAUAUUUGAGAAUAACAUCAUUGUUCACCCCAAUGAGCCUCUGCCUGGGAAGCUGGGUCUGUUUUCAGGGGCAGCCUCCCCAGAGUUGAAGUGUGCUGCCUGUGGGAAGGCAUUGGCCAAAGAUUUCCAAGUGGUCCGAGGCCACAUCCUCGACCAUCUGAACUUGAAGGGCCAGGCCUGCAGCGUCUGUGACCAGCGCCACCUCAACCUUUGCAGCCUCAUGUGGCACACGCUUUCCCAUUUGGGCAUUUCCGUUUUCUCCUGCUCUGUCUGUGCCAGCAGCUUUGUAGAUUGGCACCUCCUGGAGAAGCACAUGGCUGUGCACCAAAGUCUGGAAGAUGCCCUCUUCCACUGCCACUUGUGCAGCCAGAGCUUCAGGUCAGAGGCCGCUUAUCGCUACCAUGUCAGCCAGCACAAGUGCAACAGUGGCCUCGAGGUACGGCCUGGCUUGGGGCUGCAGCACCCAGCCCUCCAGAAGCGGAAGCUGCCAGCCGAGGAGUUUCUGAGUGAGGAGCUGGCUCUGCAGGGGCAACCUGGGAAUAGCAAAUAUAGCUGCAAGGUCUGUGGCAAAAGGUUUGCCCACACAAGUGAGUUCAACUACCACCGGCGGAUCCACACGGGCGAGAAGCCGUACCAGUGUAAGGUGUGUCACAAGUUCUUCCGAGGCCGCUCAACCAUCAAGUGCCACCUCAAGACCCACUCAGGUGCACUCAUGUACCGCUGCACAGUCUGUGGCCACUACAGUUCCACCCUUAACCUCAUGAGCAAACAUGUUGGUGUGCACAAAGGCAGCCUCCCGCCUGACUUCACCAUUGAGCAGACCUUCAUGUACAUUAUACAUUCCAAAGAGGCUGAAAAGAACCCAGACAGCUGACUGGGUCCCAGCAGAGCCGGGGGAGUUCCUGGGUGGCAGCCAGGACAGUGGUUUUCUGAUGGCUGUUGGUCUCUUCCCAGCUAAAGCCUACAGUUUUGCCUUGCUAAGAAUUCUAUUCUGUGUUGUGUUUUUAGAAGAAAGAAGAAGUACAUAGCACAUAAGCUGUUAUGGUUUUUGAGAAUGCAAUGGCUCUUGCAUUUACCUCCAUACAUGUUCUGGCCCAUGAAGGGCUCUGUUUUUGAUUCUUUUGAGGCUGGCUUUGGGGUCUAGUCAAGCAGUUGUGUCAACUAGAUUCCCUUCCCCAGCUUCUCUAGUUUUAGUUUACUGAUAGGUUUUAUGCUGCUAAGAAUCCAACCAACAGCCUCACAAAAUAAAGGAGGUGGAGAGAGGUUUUCACUGUGGGUAUACUGCUACACCUUCAACUGGGACAACCAGCUAUGAGAAGGAUUUGGGGAAUGUGGUCAUUCAGAAAGGACUAGUUAACAGGGCUGCUCACAUCAGGUUCCAGUGCCAACCUUUAACUGGGAGAAGGUGUCAGGGAUGGAGGUGCCUGCUUGCUCCAUGGCCCUAAUCUGCUGAUUGGCAGUGAAAAUUUUGGCAGCAAAGCUUUCUAUUUAGGUCACAAAGCUUUGGGAUGACUCCUUGCCAGCAGAUGGGAUUAGUCCUGCCGUGCUGCCAGACAUGGCAACCUGGAUGGACAGGAGAGGAGACUCCUCUUUUCUCCUCAUUUCCAAAGAAUCAUAAUUUUGUGGAGUGGUGGCCUGGAUGUCAAGCCUUCCCUGUGGAGCAGAGAGGACAGGGAGCCACUUUGAUAUAAUUGCCUGCCAUUUUGCCUGCCUCCAUUGAUCUUGAGUUUCCUGGUGGAGAAUGGGAGAUGUCCCUGACAGCAGCAGCCUUGCCUUAAUUUAUAUCCAGUCUCCCAUUCAAGAGGGUUUGGCUUGUAAUGUACAUGAGAAAACCCAGGCAGUAAUGGAGUGUUGAACUAUGAGUCCUUCAGGUUUAAAGGGUGGUGUGUAGCAGGGUGUGUAGCAGGGUAUGCAUUCUGUCUGUCCCAAUUAGGUAACUUGUUGUUUACUUCGUGUUAACAGUGCUAAAGCUUUGGCAGCUCACCUUUGACCUGCUGGAACUGAUCUUGAUCUGUCAUUGCACCACCUCCAGAGGGCCCUGUUGGGUGACAGCUGGUUACAGGCCCUCCCUAGGUGGCCUAGUCCCUGUGUCUCUUUGGCUCCAUUCUUCAUUGGUCUAUGAAGGCAUCUUGCCCAAAGAAGGUUGGAGGGAGAGGGCCCUUGAUCUUGUAUUCUCACAUCAUGGCACCUCAGAGCUCAUACUACCUCAUCCAGCUCAGGUGAGCUCUGGGAGUCCCUGGCCUCAGCCUGACACUGCCCCUGGUGGGACUCAGCAGCAUUCCAGGCUGUUUCACAAGCAAAUAGUUUAACCCACAAAGCCUUUCUGGACAUUAAUAUUUAUUUUUUGUUUUUGUUUUCAUAUGCGUGUUACCCCAGCAUCUCUUUUGGGUAAGAGACUUUAGGAAAAUGAGUUUCUCCCAAGCAAGUAGCCAUAUUCCAGUGGACUAUCCUGGCCAGAGAGUUGGGGAAUAGGGAUAUAAUUAGGGGGAGACCAUGUCAAGCCUUUUAAACCAGUAAAUUUUCUUCCUUUAGGCAAUGGAUGUAAGUUCUAGAAAGUUGGGGCCCAGUUAAAUUCCCAGACCUUUCAUCCUCCUUCUAUCCUAGACUGGGGACUGAGAUGAGGGGAUCAGGUCACAUGAAAGAGCUUUUUGUACACUUUCUUGUCCUUUCUAAAUUUAGGUGGGCUCCUGUCCUUGUCUUUACUAAGACACACAGAUGAACCAAAACUCUGUCCCUGUUGGGCCUGCUGCCUCUCCACCCCUGGAUUGAGCAAGCCUUAGAGUCAGAGAACAGGGCUCUCUAGUGGGUUUUCUAAUUCCCCACCAGGUGACAGGACUUGUACAAUGGCCAGUUAAAGGCCUACCUUUCAUCAUCUAAACCCGGUUCAGAAUAUCUCAUGAGGAAAGCAGUGCUGAGACUUUUUACACUGAUCAUUAAGAACUUAAGAAGGGAAUUUAUAAUACUUGACUACAAUCAAGUAUCUACUAUUCUUCCCAAGCAUGAAGGAUCCUCUGAGACUUGGUGAGGACUGAGUUUUGAAUGGUUGAUUUGAGAGAGGUGGUACUUACUAGGACCCUGCCAGGUAGCUGAGAAUGAAUAAAUACACCAGAGAAACCCCUUUCCUUAAUAGAGGGCAUCGUGGAUGCUGGGUGAUCUGUAUACUUAACCUGAAACUGUGAAGUUUUCCCUUUUUGCCAGUAAACCAAAAAGCAGAUCCUUGAAACUUUGCGCUUGAAACAUUAAACAAAAAACUGCUCCUCCUGAUCUCCCUGAGGAUAAGUGGUUGAUCAGGGAGGCCCAGUUGGUCCCAGUCAGACAUGUAGCAAGCAGGAUCAGUAGCUCUCAAGGCUCAGUGGUCAAACCUCAUCCCUCUGGGCAUUGAUUCAUACAUGAGCUUGCUAUCCAUAUGAAGUUAUGUUUGCUUCCUCUGCCUCCAGGUUACUCUCUUCUGAGUUGUUUUACUUGAAAUGCUAUUUUGUGGCAAAGGGUACUCUAGGAUACCUGGUGAAGGUAUUUACUUGACUUUGUUGGCAUUCGUUCAUUGGAUCCUGUUGCUGUCUAGCACUGCCCUCUGCUGAAUUACUCUGAAGUUCUGUUUGACCCUUGAAUGUUCUCUCUUCUCCUGUUUUCCUUUUUUUCUUGUUCUGUACUCAGGACCAGAGCCCUCUUAUUCACAGAUUAUUAGGAUUUUUCAGAUGGCUAUUAUAGAGCAUUAAACCAAAUUUGGAGCCAUUCCCAACUUGUUUCCUAAGGGGAAACAGCAAUACUUAUAUGGAAUGCUGGGAAAAACCAGAGAGGCUGCUUGUGGCCAGGGGAGGGGAUCAACGUCCUGCACUCCAGUGACCCCUGGUGGCUUAUAGGUACCUUGACAUCCACUGGGAGUUCUGCUAAACCCUAAUAUUUGGUACUAAAUUUUAAAACCCCAUGAAGACCUUAUGGUUCAGUGGCUAGUUGGGAAGAAAGGAGGUAGGGGUGGGGGUUGAGCCCAGGUAACCCCUAAGAACCAGGAAAUGGGUAAAAUUAUUUUUUACUUCUAUUUUGAUCCAUCCGCAUCACUGUUUUCAAGACAAACCUUUGGGCUUAAAUAUCUUUUCCCCUAGUCAGGUUUUUGCUACUGAUAAAUGUCCUUGCCUCUUGCUGUGCCCUAUUCCCCAGUCCCCAGAGCACUCAACCUCAAAACUGAAUUUAAAUCCCUUUAUAGAUGGACACAAUUUGUUGGCAUACGAAUAGGCUGUAUGGAGCAGGCUGUGCCUGUUUGGGAACUCCCAGGUGUCCUUUUCCCUAAAUCCUGCACCAAAUGAGUCAGGGAGCAGGAUGCACAGCAUUAGUUUCAGUGUGAUUAUGCAUCAUAAACUUAAUAUCAUAAUGAAAAUGAAACUUUUGAUUUUGAUCUUUAACAUUCUCUUGUCCAAUCCAUCUAUUCUCCCCCCCCACCUCUAAUAGCUGAAAUCUCUUAUGAAACAGAGAAGAGUUGUUGAUGUCUAACUCCUUCCAUUAAAUUAAUAAGUACUGACCUCCUAAUAUUUAAGUGUUUACUAUCUAUUGCUGUAAAGUUUUGUACAUUUUGUAAACUUUUUUUCCCAAAUAGUAGAUGUCUAAAAUCGUUGUACAUCUGAUUCUUUUAUAUUCCAUUGUUCAGCACAAAGUGUGGUUUUUAUUUAGAAUAAAAAAAAGAAAUUUGAAAUGGGA